CUCCAAAAACUCCGGAACACCGUCGCUCCUUACCCAGCGAACCCGGACGACAAUGAACUCCAGAUCAGCACUCCUGUUCGGCCAGGCUAUGCGUGCCUCGGCCAAGUGUACCACCCCGAUUGUCCAGCAGGUUCGUCACAACUCCCGUGACGCAACCUCCGCAAUCGCCUACAAAGCCCUCCACCGCCGUUCCCGCCCCCCACCCCUCCCCAAGAUCGAUCCCCCCUCAUGGUCCCCCUCCGAGGCCGUAACCAACAUCGUCCACCUCUACGGCCAAGUCCCCAUCGACGUAACCCGUCCCCAACGCCACAUCCUCAACUGUCUCGUCCAGAACGAGCCAGGAGUAUUGAGCCGUGUGUCGGGUAUUUUGGCUGCUAGAGGUUUCAAUAUCGACUCCCUCGUGGUUUGUAACACCGAGGUUGCGGAUUUAUCUCGUAUGACCAUCGUUCUUCGCGGAAAAGACGCCGUUGUCGAGCAAGCCCGUCGUCAACUCGAGGACUUGGUCCCCGUGUGGGCAGUGUUGGACUACACCCGCGCCGCAAUCGUCGAGCGCGAGCUCCUCCUUGCAAAGGUCUCGAUCUUGGGUCCUGAGCACUUCCACGAACUCUUGGCCCACCACCAGGAGAUGUACGAAGAAGCCCUCUCUGCAGGCGAAUUCGAAGCAACCGAAGACGGUAGCGAGAGUGGAAAGUACAACGAGUACCACCCCGCCUCCCUCGCUCCCUCCCAGGCUCUUCGACAAAAGCACGAGCAUCUCCAAGCUAUCACCACCCUCGCCAACCAAUUCGGCGGAAAGGUCGUCGAUAUCUCAAACGACUCCUGUAUCGUCGAGCUCUGUGCCAAACCCACCCGUCUUGACGCCUUCAUGAAGCUCAUGUCCCCCUUCGGUAUCUUGGAGUCUGCGCGUAGUGGAAUGAUGGCCUUGCCGAGGACGAGUAUGGUUAGCGUUGAUGAGGCGAACAAAGAGAAGGCGGAGCAGGUCAAUGAUGUUGUUGAUGCGUCCAUGUUGCCGCCUGGAUAA